UCGCUAACGAGUUAUGAGAAGGUCACUUUCGGAGCAGUAAUUGAAUUUAGAAAUUUAGAAAGUGUAUUUAUUGUAUUUAUUGAUAAUUUUUAAGUAUGAUCAUGUUUAAGUAUGUUAAGUGGUUACACGGGGUUUUAUGGCCGUAUAAAACUCAGCUGUUGUCUUUGUCCGCCACCCAGACGGAAUGAUAUCACCGGAUCAUAAAUACAACGUGUUAACGAGCUCCAUUAUCACAAGCUGCUGACCUAUUACCUUACAUGGAUCAAAGCCAGCUGAAAACAUUGAGGACUGAUCCAGUCCCAAGUUCUUGUCGUUUUCCUUCUCUGGGUUAGGGCAGAAGGGCAAUUUGGUUUGUACAGGAGACAUAAAUGCUGGUUAUUCUUUUAUUAACCUGGAGGAGUUGAUUUGACCUAGUUUUUUUGUUUGAAAACGGAGCGAGCAAAGGAGAUGUUGCUCUCUCUGUGUCUUUAGCUCCACUGAUCCAGCAUUUUCUUAAGGAUUUCCAUGAAUAGAGAGGAGCUGGCUGAUGUGUAACCGGUGCGUCCAGUUAAGUGUUACAAUCUUCCACUUGGGUUUUACAUAAGGACUGACUUUGUUACCUGCAGAGGUAUUGCCCUGGCUGUGUCCCCGGAUAACCCAGAAUCACUGGAAUUGCUGACAGAGGGAAUACUGACUGCUAUCGAUCUGUUCUGAGUUCCAGGUUUAUGCCAGUUUGGCCACUGCUGGGAUACAAAGGCUGAACUAAAUGAAUCUAUAACCUGAGUGCUGAUCCAGAUGUUGCUGUGAAAUACUGAAAUCGUGCUGUGAUGACCUCCUUUGAGAACAUACCAGGUCGUAGAGGCUUUGAUCCAAGGGAGUAGGAAAUUGUUGAAUGUUCUUUAUAAUGUAGCUGCAUCUGAAGAAAUCCCCAGUGGCUUUGUGUCAUGCUGCCUAACAACAUGGGACAUUGUUUCAUGGGACGGGGAGCCAUGGUCCCAAGGAAGCUGAAGCCGUUUCUCUGCAGGAUGUUGUCGGGUUACAAACCCAAAAACGAUGUCAAGGACUCUUACAAAAUUCUGGAGCUCGAGGAAGGAUGUUCCAUGGAUGAUGUCAGAAACUCCUAUCGCAAUCUCGCCAAAAAAUACCACCCAGACAGCAGCUCCGGCAUGGCCGAUUCCAAGGCCUUCAUAAGGGUGGAGGAGGCCUACAGGGUUGUGCUCAGCGACCUGGCAGCCAAACAGAAAUCAGACUCUGGCGAGGAGGAGGAGGAGGACCAGUUCAAAUCCAAGUCCCUGCAGCACAGACACUACCUGAGCUUCGAGGGCGUGGGCAUCGGCACGCCGAGCCAGCGGGAGAAGCAGUACAUGCAGUUCCGCGUGGACCGCGCCACCGAGCAGGUGCUGGAGUACCGGCAGCAGAGGCUGGAGAGCCGCUACGCCGGCAGCGACCUCAGCAGAGCCAAGGACGUGCGGCAGAGCAAGAAGGUGAAGAUAACUCAGGCGGUGGAACGGCUGGUGGAGGACCUCAUCCAGGAAUCCAUGGCCAAGGGAGACUUCGACAACCUCAGCGGCAAGGGGAAGCCUUUGCAGAAGUUCUCGGACAGUCCCCACAUCGACCCCAUGACCCACAACCUGAACAGGAUCCUGAUCGACAAUGGGUACCAGCCCGAGUGGAUCCUGCUGCAGAAGGAGAUCCGGGAGACCAUCGAGCGGCUGAGGAACAGCAUCGUGGCCUCCAGGAGGAAGCUGGGGGAGCCCAUGACGCUGUCGGAGCAGAAGCAGUGGGGUCGGAUUUGCGAGCAGUUCGAGGAAGACAUCAGGAAAUUAAACAAGAGAGUUGACAACUUCAACCUGGUGGUGCCCAUUCUCAGCAGGCAAAUGGUGCAUUUCAGCAUGGACAAGGAAAUCCUCCGAGCACGAAAGACUUACGAGGCUGUCGUGGAAAAGGUUUCUGAUUCAGACACGAAGGAAAACGAGGGGGAAGAGGGCAAAAGGUUUGGGUGGAAGUCUUCUCUUUUGAAGUGGUUAAAACUUACACCGAAAUAAUUUCAUGCUAAUUCCUCUUAUCAAGGUUUUGAAUGCACUUUAUUAAUAAAAUAUAGCACUAGAGAAAUUUCAGGUUCAGUGAAAAUGUGAAAUCCACACUGUCACCCUGCUUGAAGGAAAUUUGGUUGUGUGAUGAGCAUUUGCAUUACAAAUAACUCAAUUAUUUUUAAAUGUUAUUAAAUGAAAUGUGCCAGUUUG